AUGAAAUCCUACUCAUGGAUGAAGCUUUUACUGGAUCCGCUGCAGCACUCCAAAUACGAUGAUCCUGCCUUGUCACAAUUCGUGGGCAACGGUGUACUCACCCUUCCACCAAACAGGAAGCCAGUUGAUCUGUGCGCGGACUAUUUGACUGAAAUUGCCAGAUUCGCAUACAGAGAGAUGGUCAAAAAGCUUGGCGAAGAGAUUGUUAAGCAGACUCCCAUGGACUUCUGGAUCACCGUGCCAGCGGUCUGGAGUGACAAGGCUAAGAGCGACACGCUUCGUGCUGUGCGCAAAGCCGCACAACAAGCAAAGGUGCAAUUACACUACGAUAGCCAAUGCUUCCUCAUUUGCGAGCCAGAAGCAGCUGCAGUAGCAGCGAUAUCUUCACUUGCACAAGGCGACUCCCAGACUCAGGUCAAGGCGGGAGACGUGAUUCUCGUUUGCGAUUGUGGUGGAGGCACUGUCGAUGUCACGACCUACGAGCUUGCGGCUCUCACUCCAAAGCUACAGUUUCACGAGCUUCAGACUGGAACUGGUGGCAAAUGUGGCUCGACCUGGAUCGAUCGAAAUUUCAUGAUUUGGAUGGAACAGAAGUUCGGCACAGCUUACACGGACCUCAGCCUGGAAACAAGAGGCCCGACCAGUCGCUUCAUGAAGGACUUCGAGGGCUUCAAACGUGAUUUUGGCAAGUCGUCCAAUCCGACAAAGCGGUACAAGCUGCCUCUCAGUCUUCCCGGUGUUCCACGCUCCAAACAUUACGAUGAUACGAACUCCUAUGUCAUACUCUACAAUGAGGACCUGAAGUCGAUGUUCGAUCCUGUGGUCGCGCAGAUCUUCGAUUUGCUCGAACAACAAUGCAGCAUCGCCACAAAGCAGCCGCAGAGCAAGCCCAUUGAUUUGCUACUGCUUGUGGGCGGGUUUGGCGAGUCGUUCUUCCUCAACGAUCAGCUGAGAGCAUGGUGCCAACAGCACGGAACGAGACUCAUCUGCCCAGAGCACGCUCAAUCCGCAAUCGUCCGUGGGGCAGCACUCAGUGGCUUGCAUGAAAUUCAGCCCGUUUCUCGACGUUCUCGUCGACACUAUGGCUUUGAACUGUGCGAGGCAUUCGACCGACGCCGUCACAAGGCCGAAAAUGCUUAUGUGGACGAUUGGGACGGCCGUAAGAUGGCAUCUGGCAACAUGCACUGGAAGCUCAACAAGCUCCCGAUCACGUUCGAGACCAAGGUAAAGCCAUCGGUGAUCGCCAUCCCCACACAAGAGCUGACCCGUGAUACAGGAGUGUACAAACUCGCUGAUGUCCGUGUCGCCUUUGAGGAGCUCGACCUCAGCCAAGAGCCUACCAGAAUCGUCAACGGAGUUGUAUUGAACCAGAUUGAGACGGACUACUCCAUCCAUUUUGGUCAUCGUCGUGGAGUCCUUGACUUCACGUGCUCUUCCAAGGGCCGCAAGAUCGGAGACACGACCGUUCUAUUCGAUGGCCAGAACUUUCAGGAUGCUGCAGAAGGUGCAGGUGCAGGUGCUGCGAGUGGCGAUGUUCAUGCUCCACACUGCGCGAUGCAGUGA